AUGUCUUCACGACCGGCAGGCGCAACAAAGCGUGUAUCCACUGCUACGCCGGCGGAUCUCGCCCCGAAACCACCUUGCACAAUUCACACAUCCGCUGUGGUCUCGGAGAAGGCUCAAAUCACGGGGGCACACCCCGUCGAGAUUGGCGAAAAUACCGUGAUCCAUCCGUAUGCCAAAAUCAGAUCGGACCGUGGUAGUGUCAAGAUUGGGAGAAACUGUACCGUCUGCGAAAAGGCAGUAGUUGGCAUCGCGGAUGGCGAAGGCACUGUUGUGAUUGGCGACGGCGUCAAUAUCGAAACUGGCGCCUUGGUAGAGGCCGCGAUCAUUGGUGACGGCACAUCUAUCGAAGUUCGUGCCAUAGUGGGCAGGGCCUCGGUUCUGGGAAAGCAUUGUAAGAUCACGCCUAUGAACGAAGUCAAGCCGAAUGAGACUUUGCCGGACUACACAGUGAUUUUUGGCGACAACCAACAUCGAAUUGACUUGACACUGUCCGAAAAUUCAAACCUUCGAAUAACGAAGCAAAGAGGCCAGGAGAUGCAUCUUGAGCUUCUUCGGAGACUUAUCCCGAAUGCUUCUUCUAAAUGGAGCUGA